AUGGCAAUAUCUGUGGUCCAACGUUAUGAACAAAUUAUUCGUGUAAUACGCAUAUGUUCGAUGUAUGUGGGUACGGACGUCUUGAAACCCACCUGGAAAAUGAAUCCCUUAACCUGGACCGUUAUCAUAUUCAUUAAUAUGUUUGUAAUUCUAACUUGCUAUACGGUGUAUUUCAAUAUUUAUGUUGUAGGUCAAUGGUCUCUUAGUUUACAGGCCCUGACCAUGUUGGGCAGUGGCCUCCAUGGCUAUGCCAAACUACUGAACGCCAUUUGGAACAGAGAGUAUUUUCGUUUUUUAGUCGAUGAUUUGCAUUUGAUCUACAAGGAAUACAAUGCCAAACCGAAUUCCGAUUAUCGUACCUUCUUAAAUAGAACAAUGAAUCGAACUGUGUUUGGCAUGAAAUCCAUGGCCAUCGUUUAUGUCAUUGUCAUUUUUAGUUUGAUAUCCGUGGUGCCACUUUAUCGUUUUGUUUUCAAUCAACGCAUCUUCAUAAUGCAAUUUCUAAUACCCGGUUUGGAUCCGACAAGUAACGAACGAGAUUUCAUUAUCAUGAAUGUCAUUCAUUUUGCUAGCAUGCUAUUUGGUGGCUUCGGCAACUUUGCUGCCGAUCUGUGUUUCUUUUUGUUGGUAUUUCAUGUCCCGCUGUACAAGGAUAUUUUGCAGUGUAAAUUUCAUGAAGUUAACGAAGCCUUGGCAAAUGAUGAAAUGGAACGGAGCAGCGAACUGUUGAACGAGAUAUUUCUGUGGCAUCAAAGGUAUAUGAAAUAUAUUUCCACCGUCAAAAUAAAUUAUUUUUAUGUAAUUCUUAUCGAAAUGGCUACAAUUGCUCUCUGUAUGGCAUUGUCAUUGUUCUGUAUAAUCUUGGGUACAUGGCCGGGUGGUCAAACAUACUUUAUUUACUGUUUCAUUAUGAUAUAUGUUUUCUGUGGUCUAGGCACCUUAGUAGAUGCAACGAAUGAUGGUUUUAUUGAGUCAUGUUAUAAUGAAAUAAUUUGGUAUCGUCUCUCAAUAAAAGAUCGAAGAAUGUUACAAAUGAUGUUGAUGAUGACCCAAAAUACAUCGGGCUUAACUGUGGGUGCUGUAAAACCGUUGACCGUGAACACCGGUCUGCAGCUGACCAAGGCUAUUUAUACGAUGACAAUGAUGUUGAUCAAUUUUCUUGAUUAA